AUGUCAGAAGUUCAAGCAUUUGCAAUUGAUUUGGCAUGUGCUUCUGGAAUCUCACCUAAGGCAACCCAUGCGCUGAUGAGUAGAGAAGCUGAUGGGAGAGCAAAUCUUGGAUAUACUGAGCUUGAUCAAAAAAAUUAUCUUCGAACAAGACAGCAAAAGAAUUUGAUAUAUGAUGAAGCUGGUUGCUUAUUAAGGUACUUUCAGGAACAACUUGCUAAAAAUCCAUCGUUUCAAUAUGCUGUCCAAUUAGAUAAUGAGGAGCAAAUAACUAACAUUUUUUGGGUUGAUGCUAGAAUGAUCAUUGACUAUGCCUAUUUUGGUGAUGUUAUAACUUUUGACACUACAUAUGGCACGAAUAAAGAAUUAAGACCCUUAGCUGUCUUUACUGGUUUUAAUCACCAUAGAGGAGUUGUGAUUUUUGGGGCUGCACUUUUAUAUGAUGAAACGGCAGAAUCAUUCAAAUGGCUUUUUGAAAAUUUCUUAGAUGCACAUGGAGGUAAAAAGCCUCAAACAAUAUUUACAGAUCAAGAUGUUGCAAUGGCAAAGGCAUUAACUGAGGUGAUGCCAGACACCUGGCAUGGAUUGUGCACUUGGCACAUAAUGCAAAAUGGCAUCAAGCAUUUGGGAAAUUUGAUGAAGGAUGGUUCUCAUUUUUUACGGGACUAUAAAUCUUGUAUGUUUGAAAAUGAAGAUGAGAUUGAAUUUGAAAAUGCUUGGAAAAAAAUGAUUCAGACAUAUAAUGGUGGGUUAGUUAGUUGGUUGGACGGUAUAUACAAAUUGAAGACAAAAUGGGCUAAGUGUCACAUGAAGAAUGCAUUUACUUUGGGAGUGCAGAGUACUCAACUCAAUGAAAGCUUGAAUAGGGACUUGAAAGCUUACUUAAAAUCAAAGUUGGGUAUAUUGGAAUUUUUUCAACAUUUUGAGCGAGUGGUAGAGCAAAAGCGGCAUAAGGAAUUGGAGGCUGAAUAUAAUGCUCGACAAAAAUUGCCCACAUUGGGAUUGAAGAAUUCUCCUUUGUUGAAGCAUGCGGCACAAAUGUAUACUCCUGUGAUAUUUAAAAAAUUUCACGAUGAGUAUGACUAUGCAUCAGCAACGAUAAUAAAACAUCGCAGUGAGAGUCAGUCAGUGCAUGAGUAUAUUGUUGCACUUUAUGAGAAAGACAAGGAGUAUAAAGUAAUUUUCAACCGUAACAAUAAGAUAAUCUCAUGUAGUUGCAUGAAGUUCGAAACAUUUGGGAUUUUGUGUUGUCAUGCUUUGAAAGUUUUUGAUUUGCUUGAUAUUAAGAUAAUUCCUGAUACAUACAUUUUGAAGAGGUGGACAAGAGAAGCAAAGAGUGGGCAUAUCUAUAUUAAGACCAAAAAUGUGGAAGAGGAUGUGAAUUUAAAUGUUACACAACGAUAUAGAAAAUUGUGUCCAAGGGUGGUAAAAUUAGUCGCUGAAGCAACUGACAAUGAUGAGGCAUAUGCUUUUGUAGAGGGAAUGUUAGAGGGAAUGGAAAAACAUGUUCAAAAUAUAAAAAAUUCAAGUACUACUAAUAAUGAAGUUCACAUGUCACUGUCAAAUGGCAAUGAAAUUGCAAUUCAUACCCCAUUUGUUGAGAAUUUACUUGAAACGAUAAAAGGGAUCAAAAAGAAGGAUGGUCGGAAGGGUGGAAAACGAUUUAGAAGUUGGGUUGAGAAUCAGUCAAAGAAGAACACAAAAAUUACAACAAAGAAUAAUGUUGGGGAAAAGUUCUUUCAGGAAAUUAAUUGUUCUCUCAACAUUCAGGAUGAUAACUCUAACUCACAUGCAAAAUGUUAUUCUCGUCAGCAAAUUGAGCAAGUGCCUUAUUCAGUACCAAUGACAACAUUUGAAGAACCAUUUGGAGAUAGACCUGAAACCGGUUUCAUUGAAUUUCUACGGGUAACUGAUGGAUUUAAUCUUACACCAACACUUCCUGCUGAUAGCGCAAAUACAAAUAUAAAUCUCAGGAAUUUCCUUGGACAUUGA